CAAAAUCGUACUGAAGUUCAGGAAACGAGCUGAAUGAUGACAUCGUCGAGGUCAAAGUUGAGCAUCAACCAAUGAGAAGCACUGGUUAAACCUUACAGUCGGCGUCUACAGAGAUUCAAAACAAUGCCACAGACAGAGAGCCGAUCUACAGAUUUUAAAUUUUCACCACAGUGAGUUCCUGUCAUGUAGGAGCAGUUUUUCAUAACCAUGGAUGAAAGCAGCCUCGAAGAAGCUAUCAAGACCUACAGCGGUCAGCUCCAGCAGGUGGAGUUGGCAUUAGCUGCUGGUCUGGGUUCAGAUGAACAGGCGGAUCUGCUGAAACUAAAGGAGGAUCUACAACAGCUCAUUGAGCUCACAGAAUCCAGUCUGGUGUCUGUUAAAAAAAGCCAAUUGCUGGCAUCUUUGGAGGAUCCCUCGACCAUACAAAAUUUCACAUCAGUUAGUGAAACCGCUAAAGAAAAGAGCCUGGACGAUGACUUUGCCGCUUUCUAUGCGGAACUGUCACAGGACUCUUCUGAGGUGAGACAAAACACAGAACCUGAAGAUGAGGAGCAGGAGGAGGAUGGAGAAGAAGAGGAGGAGGAUUUGAGCGGAACAAAAGUACGAGCACCCUACCGUACCUCAUGGGGAACGCUAGAGUACCACAAUGCCAUGGUGGUUUGCCCUGAGGAGGCAGAAGGGGAUGAGGCUCGAGUUCGAGUGCUUUACCUUCAUCCCACAAAUAAAUCCAUGAAAGCCUGUGGCUUCUACCUGGAGGGCAAGUGCCGUUUCAUGGACAGCUGCAGGUUCUCUCAUGGAGAGGUUGUGUGUGUAUCAGAACUACGAGACUUCCUAGAAGCUGACAUCAGUAACAUGGAGUCAGGCUCUGCGUGUUUAGCCAAGCAUGAAGAUGGCAUCUGGUACCCCGCCAAAAUAUCAGAGAUUGAAGGUGGUUUUUACACCGUGAAAUUUGACUCGCUUCUGUUGAAGGAGGCCGUGCUGGAGGCUGAUGGAGUCAUUCCUCCUCUUCGUCAGGAUGACUGUUCCUCCUCUUCCUCAUCAGACUCGGAGGAUGAUCCUGACCAGUGUAAUGGUGGCUAUGCUAAAGUGUUUACUUCUAGAGAGGAGGAUAUGGCAAAGGUCAACAGUGCUGAGUUUUGUGGUUGGGAGGCUCAUACACGAGGCAUUGGCUCUAAACUUUUGCUGAAAAUGGGUUAUGAGCUUGGAAAAGGUUUGGGGAAGACGUUGUCUGGUCGAGUAGAGCCAGUUCAAGCAGUGGUUCUUCCAAAAGGCCAUUCGUUAGACCAGUGUGCUGAAUUAACUCAGAGAAAGGUAGCAGCCGCGAUCGCCAAGGAUAACCCAGCAUCCCGUAAACCAAAGGCUAAAAAGAAGAAGGCCUCAGUGUCGACACGUCGUAAUGUUUUUGAUUUCCUGAACUCUAAACUUAGCUCUCAACCUGCACCUCAUUCAUCGAACUCUUCGGUCACUGGCGCCGAGGCCUACAGGGGUGGAACAACCACCAAACGUUCCCUGAAUGUCCGUCUAUUCCAGGCAACAGAGAAAGUAGGUCAGGUGGAGAAAGAAAUUCAGCGGCUCACAGAGUCUCUCCGCAGACGAAAUGGAAGGGAUGCUACGGUGGUCAGUCGAAUAGAGGAGAAACUCGCCUCCUCUCGCAAGUUGCUGGUGCAGCUGAAGGCUCAAGAGCAGACAAUUCAGAGAGAGCAGAAGAAAGCAGACACGCAUAAGAAAAUGACUGAAUUCUGAAAAAAACAAAAACACUGUCUUUAUCAUACUGUUGUUUGGUUAGCACAUCAUUUUAAUUUACUUAUAAAUAAUUUAAUCUGUUAGCUUUUCUGUUUAAAUUAAAACUUUGAAUACACAUGAAUAUCUCUAUCCAGGAUUCCUCUUGAUUUUAUUAUCUGCUAAACAGAGCUGUACAUUACACACAUGGAAACAUGUUUAAUGCUUUUUUGACAAACAUGGAAUAAUGUAAAACAUGAAAUAAAAUUGUUUUUAUACAAAAAA